UCAGGCUUAUAUUACAAGGAAUAUACUUUUAUUCAGAUAGAUUCGAAGGCUGUACAUUAAGGGAAUAUAAAGACGUAUAUUGCUACGUCAUAGCCUUACCCUGAGUCCAGACCAUUAAACGUGGUUACUAUAGCAACACAAAACUGUCAUGGCGUCCCUUCUGAAAGACCCGCUGUUUGAAACCUCAGGACGGGGACCGUCAACUAACAAAAACUUCUAUAACUUUUCCAUCACUAAGUCAAACGUGGUAUGGAGAUGGUGGCUGAUAUCUCCCAGAGCUGUGUACAAACUUUCAAAGCCUGGCCAGCUGAUUCUGUCUUAUGAGGACUUCUUGGAUGACAGCAAGCUACAAAGAGAGCUCAGCGCGGUCUUUGGCAGAGGGAUCUUGCAGUACGCCAAAGCUUUGUGCCAGGGCCACUAUGAUUACCUGGAACGCCUGCCUGACCCUUUACUUCUGUGGAUCAUCAACCAUCUGGAGCUCGAAGAUGUUGGACAACUUGCAAGAACCUCACACAGGUUCAGGCAGCUUUGUGGAUCAGAGGAAUUCUGGGAGCAGGCAGUGCGGCGUCGCUGCAAAACAGUUUCCGCUGAGGUCCCCUCCCUGGCACAAGAGGUGGGUUGGCGCAACAUCUUCUUCACCAACAAGCUGCAGCUGCAGAAGCUCAUCAACCGCCGGAGGCUGAGGGGCGAUGAACAGAAGGCAGAGGUAACGGCUGGUAAAAGGCCAGAGAUGUCGCAUCACGACCUAAAACCAACAGGUUCGAAGCCCUCAAAGGAAGGAGGGACGUCUUAAAAUAGAAAAUAUCAGUUUUGUACGUGACAAGUUCUUGAUCAGGGCCUUCCUUCAGCAUUAACAUCUGCCAAGGCCGCGUUAUUCACAAAAAUUAUGGAUUGUGUCCGUGUGGUCGCAGGGUAUUUCCUGGUUCAACACGACAUGUGGUGCCAAUUUGAUUCUGCAUGCAACGAUCAAUUACUGCAGACAUGCCUUCAUCCCAAAUUGUAAUGGAGCAGAAAUGACAAACAUAUUUGGAGUCUUACAAUGUCAACAUUUUGUACAUGACUAUCACCUUAGGUCACUACUUCGGAAAUUUGGUUGUAAAAUGUGAAUACCUAAUCUGUAUCAUCUCUGCCAUUUAGUUUGUGCCAUUUUAAAGUGACCCC